UUAUAAGAGAUUUUAAUUAGUAUGAUAAUAUUUUUUAUUAAGAAGUACAUGAUAAAAGUUUCAUAAUUCAUAAUAAUUGUCAGUUUCAACUGCAACUGGUUCAACUAACGAGACGUUUAAAAUUUAUUGUAAAAUAUGAUCUCAUUUGUACUUAACUAUAUAUUAUAUGUACAUUUAAAAAAUAUUUAUCAAUAGGUGAAAGAUUUUGUGAAUCUUUACUUGUAUAAAUAUUUAGCAAAUAAUGGAGAUAGAAGAAAUUUAUAGCCUUACAAUUUUUCCUCCAGUAAUAUCCAAAUUCGCAGUUCAAUGGUCUAUGGAUAAUAAUAUAUCUAUUCUUACUGAAAAAGGAAUUCACAUAUUUGAAUUGAUACCUUCUCCAAUAUCUCCUUCUUCAACUAUAAAAUUCUCUAGAUCUUUUAUUUAUACACCUUCAACAUUUCCAACAGAAAUUAUAUCUAACAGAAUAGAAUCCAAAAUUUGGAAUAUGCAUCGUGAAGAACUUUAUUCAUUUAUAAUUGAGGAAAGUAUGACUCCAAAAUUAUCUAAUGUAAAAGAAAUGGUACCAAAAAUAGUUGAUUUAGCAUGGUCACCAAAAGAUUUAAUACAUCCAAGCAAGUGUCUUAUUGCUAUUUUAACUUCAGCAGGUGCUGUUAUAAUUGCAUGUAAAAUCUGUAGAGAUUGGUAUCCUGUAUAUGAUUUAUCUUCUCUACGUUACAAUAUUAUAGAACAAAAAAUUAAUGAAGAAUUAGAAGAAAAUAAAAAUAACUCAGCUUCAUUUGAAACAUUCAAAGUUUAUAUAAAAGCAUUACAAGCUUCUUGUUUUACUUGGAGCAAAUUUUUUGCAGAUUUUGCAUAUUUUGUUGUUGCAUAUCUUAAUGGAGAUAUAAUUAUUUAUAAAAUCCUAAAAGUAUUUGAUUAUAAUAAAAUAGUUAAUCCUAAAAUUGUAGGAAUAAUAAGAUUAAAUGAAUCUGUAAAAAUGAAUGUUUUAAAUUGGAUUACAAUUGAUACAAAAAAACAUCUAAUUAUUAUUGGAUAUUUUGAUGGACGUAUUUAUGGACUUAAUGUUGAAGAGCAUGAUGGAAAUUUUGAAUUAAUGUUCAUUGAGAAGUAUUAUGAUUACACUGAUCGUAUUGCUAUUAGUGCUAUAAAAAUAUUUCCUCAAAGUGAUUUGAAUAUAAAUGUUCUUAUUGCAAAAGGAUAUUAUCUAUUUUUGUUAUGCUUUAAAGAAAAUGGUACAUUAAGAAGUAUGCAACAUUUGCAAUUAGAAGGUUUUAUGAUUUCAGGAAUGAUUUGUAUAAGUACAAACUGUGCACUGAUCACAACAGAAAAUGGUUCUAUGUUUGCAAUUGAUAUAAAAGAAAAUCAGUUAUUGAAAACAAAAGUAAAUAAUAAAUUAUCACAAGUUCAUGUUCGAUGUCUAGGUCUUGCACAUUCUCCAAGUUCCGUGAUUUUUAUAAACAUAACUAGUCCUAGCACUAUGUACGAUCAUUUAGUAGUAAAGGAACCAACUAAAAUAUAUAUGUUUUGUUUAAAGAACAAAAAUUGGAAUCCAUUAUUUAUUUUGAAUCAAAAACAUGAAAAAUUUGAGCAAUUAUGGGAUUGUUUAGAAGCGAUUAGGAUAAAAGCAACAAAAGCGUCAGAUCUAUCAUUAAUAUUACCAAAAGUUCCAUCUAAUUUGGAAUUUUUAUCUUUGCAUGAGUUACGAAUAGUAAUGUGGACAUCUGUGAUAAUGGAAAUUUGCGAAAAGAGGAAAAUCAUUCAAGGAAUGAAUAAUAUUGCUGGAGAAAUAUCAGAAGCUCAACCUUUAAUUUUUAUUCACACUGCAUGUAAUUAUCUUAUACAUCUUGAAAGUAAAUCUUCUUUGAUAGAACUACAAAAAGUUUCUAUGAAUUUAUUAAGAAUGUAUUUAGAAGUAUAUUUGGCUGGAGAAGAAAAUGAGAAAGUAACACCACUUUCCAAACGUAUUAGAGAUGUUUUAAAAAAAAUAUCUCAAUUCAAUUUAAAUAAUAUUGAGACUUGCAAUCUAUGUGGUGAAAUGAUAAAUGAUCUUUCUUGGAAAAUUAGUAAGUGUUCACAAGGUCAUAUAUUACCUAGAUGUGCUAUUACUCUUUUACAAAUAACCGUGGUGCCAUACAAGACAUGUCCAAUAUGUGGUUUAAUUUUUCAUCCAUGUUUGGACCAAGAAUUUAAAGAAACAAGAUGUCCUUUUUGUGAUGUACCUGCACUUGAAGAAAACCGAAUGUUGAAUUCUAAAUGUUAUAUUCCAAAGGAAAAAAGUUUGUCCAGAUUACAUAAUUAUAUCUUAGAAGAUCAAGAAAUGGAAAUAGCUACUGAUGAAUCUUAAUGCAAAUUUAAAAUAUCUUUUAAUAAAUGUAAUCAAUAAUGGAAUGUGUAAAAUAUGUGUAUAUUUCUUAUCAUAAUUUUAUGUAUUUAUUUAUUAUUAACUAAUGUAUUUUUAAGAAUAAAAAUAAUAUAAAUAAUAAAAAUGAUAUAUGC